AUUGUUGUGUUAUGACUGUACAAUACUGUCUGUAUUGACUGUCCAGGUAGUAGUCAUCAUUAUCAAGCAUAGAGUAAAAAAAUAAUUCAGUCAGUGAGAGUAGUUUGUGUUAGUUCGUGUCCGGAUAAGACAGACAAUGAAAUUGUUUGGAAAGUGAGCUAGUUGUAUUUGUGCUGUGUUCGUUUAUAUUUUCUAUCGGAUUGUAAAAAUGACUACUCCAACAGUGAUUGAAUCAUUUGAUAGACCUGCAGAUCCAGUAUUAACAAAUAAAAUUGUCACUCAUUUAAAAUCGCAAGGUAUAUUUGAUCAAUUCAGGAGAGAGUGUAUGGCCGAUGUUGACACCAAGCCCGCUUAUCAGAACCUGCGUCAGAGAGUCGAGGGGUCUGUGGCUGCAUUUCUAAAGAUGAAUCCUUGGAGACCAGAUAUGAACAAAAACCAAUUGAGAGACAAUCUUAGGAAACACAUUCAGAGUGGAGGGUUUCUCGACAUUGGCGUGGAUCGUAUAGUGGACCAGGUGGUGAACCCCAAGAUUUACACAGUGUUUCUUCCAAAAGUAGAAGAAGUGGUUCACAACUGCCUGGGCAUGGACAAGGGCAAGCCUGUGUUUGAGCCACCCCCUACCCCCGAAGUGAAGAAUGAACCACCACCUAGGUUUCAGAACAAACACAACUUGGCACCAAGGGCUAGAAUACCGGCACCGUUAUCGGGCCCGAGAUUUCCUCCUGUACCAAAUUCUGAAAGCAUGAAGCCUCCUGAGCCUCUGGAGGACAAGGAGCCACCUGAAGAAGGGAAAGUUCAAUCUGGUUCCCCAGAACAAGAGGAGACAACUAACAGAAACUAUGUUGUUGAUCUUACUGGACUGCUCCGAGCUCGAUAUAUCUGGGAAGAUGACAAUGAAGAAAAUCCUGAUGAGGAUGAUGAAGAAUCUCCACCUUUUGAGCCUCAUUCUGAAAGUGAUCGACUUAUACUUGGUGUAAGAACGGAUUCUUCAGAUUCAAUCAGCAACGAUAGUCAAGUGGUGACAACAAUUGUGGAUGAUAACUUGGAGGAUAGAAUUGACAGCAGUGGUACAGCAAUAAAAGAGGAGGGUGGUGAUAAAGAAGUGAAGAAAGAAGAUGAGUACAGUAGUGAUGAAUAUGUGCCUAAGACUCCGACAAUCAACAUGGAGGGCUCUGAUGGAACUGUCAUUGAGUUCAACUCGAUCAGUGAAUACAAACAAUAUCAGACCAAAUAUGAUGAAGAAAGUUUACAAAAUGUUGAAGAAGAGGUUGUCUCCAGUCAGUGGUUGGAUGAUUCCAGUAACCCUAUGAAAGAGGAAAGAAAUAGUGCUGAAGAGGAAUCUGAAAGUGUAUCCCUUAAAAGAAAAUUGAAUAUUGAUCAUUUUGAUGAGGCAAGUAGUUCAAGUAUAGGUAAAGGUAGUACCAGUGAUGAAGGAAAAUCCAACACUUAUCUUAAUUUUGUACAUAAAAAAAUGAAAGUUGAAGAAGAUGACCAAGAUUAUGAAACAGCAAGUGAAUUCAAUCUUAAUGAAAAUGAAGAUUCAAAUCCAGAAAAAUCUAAAUAUAUGGCGGAUUUUAAUAUGAAGAUUUUAGACAGUGAACAGAGAGAGAAAUAUAAAAAAAGUGAUGGUUCCAAAGAAUCUGGGAAAAAUCAUCGCCGUCAUCAUGGGACUAAAGAUCAUAGAAGCUCAAGUCAUCACAAUACAAGUUCUAAAGAUAAGUUAUCUGAAAAAGAAUAUAGAGAAAGCUCUAGCUCAAGCACUCAUUCUUCUAAAGAUAAAAAGGAUCAUCAUAAAAGAGAUGAGAAACAUAGUCAAUCUAGAGAUCGAAGCAAAGAAAAGGAAAGAAAAAAAAGUGAAUCGUCAACAACAAAGCAUAGUGAUAGAGAUAGACAUGAUGAUAAAGACAAAGAAAAAAAUAUAGAUAAAAGAAAAGUACUUAAAAGUGAGACUAAUAAUAAGGAUCAAGAUUUGGCAGAGAAAGACAAGAAGGAAAGUAGAAAUGAACAUAGAGAUAAAUCAAGAGAUCAUAACGAGAAAGAAAAAAGAAAACAUGAUAACCAUGACAAGCAUUCUGAUGGAAAACAAGACCAUGAUUCAUCCCAUAGGCAUGAUAAGGAUAAGAGAGAUAGUGUAAAAAGUUCGAAGCAUAGUCACAAUUCAAGUAGACAUAACCAUAAAAGUUCUGAAAGAUACAAAUCAGAUAAGGAUCAAAAGCUCAGACAGCCAUCAGAUAAACACACAUCUCAUGAUAAAAAGUCUGAGAAACAUGAUUCCAGAAAAAAAACAAGAGAACACUGCAAACCUAGCAACAGAGAUAAUGAAGGAAGAAGAUCUACUGAUAGAGAUAGUAAUGGUCCAAGUGGUAGAAGUCAGUCAUCCAGUCAUUCUUCCAGUACUUCAAGGUCAGCUACAUCAAGGUCUCGCAAUGAAUCUACAACUGGAAAUGGGGAUAGAACAACUUCAAAUAGUGACAACGCAGUGUCUGAUAAUAUAGAGACACUUUUUGAUGAAGAUGUCAUAAGUGAACCAGGUAUUGCCUCUCCAGACCCUGAACCGUAUGAAGACUGUUGGAGUGAAAUCAGUGCGUCCGAGUUUUAUGAUUCAAAGGAAGAAAUGAUGGAAUCAAGUUUCGAAUCAAAUGAAAAAAAUAGUCAAAAUGUUGAAGAAAUAAGUGAAAUCCAACGUAUUAGAAUUGAAAAUAGUCAUCCAGAAACAACUGAUGGAUGUGAUGUAAAUCAUACAUUUGAUCAAUCACAAACGGAACUUAAUGAAAGUCAUAAGAAAGAACACUUUCAUGACUAUGAUAAAUGUGAUAACAUAACAGAUGAUGUAUUAAAAAAUCUGGAAGAAAAUAUUUGUGUUGAAAAAGAUGAUAUGGAAGAAAGCUUUACAAAUCCUACUUGCUCAGUUCAUGAUACAUCGUCAGAGAAGGAAAACAUAGAGCAAACUGUUAAUUACAAAGAGGCAAGAAACAGUAUUAAUGACUUAUCAAAAAAUAUUGAUCAAAAAGAAGCAAAGUUUAAAAAACCUAAAAUUGCAGCUAACAUUUUUGAAGUAAAAAAAAUCAUGCAAGCAAGACGUAAUUUGAAACGUAUGGAAAAGAAAAGAUUGAAAUUAUUAACGAAUAAUAAUCCUGACAUUUGUAUAACUGAAAAAACUGCUUAUGGAGACUGUACUGAAAAACCUCCAGAUGAAACUUUUACUGGAUUUGAAAAUGUAACUUCUUACAAAACUGAAAUGUAUGAUUGUUUGAUCAAAAGGUUGAGUGAUGAAAUUGAUUUACUUACAGUUAAAGAAGAAAUAAAUCCUAAUUUAAUCACAUCAUUGAUAGAAGUAAAACCAGAACUUGAUGAAUAUAUUGAAAAAGUUUUGAGGGGUAAAGUUCACCGUAAACUGCGAGUGCGCUUGCCUGCGAUAAGUCAUGAAUAUUAUACAUUUGAUAUUGAACAAAAUGCUUAUAUUUUAACAAAGUGUAGAGAAUAUUCUCCUACACCACAUAAGGAAUUAAUUGAUGGUAAUCUAAAUAACCUUAACAAAGUUUCCCAAAACUAUAAACAUUGUAUCACAUCUAGUGAAAGUGAAUUUAAUCAUGCCAUUGAUACAUUCAAUGGAAGUAGACCUAAAUUAAAAUGCAAUGCAAUUCAGAAAAACUCAAUAUCUAAACCUGUAAUACACGAUGUUAAUGAAUCUGGUAUAAUUGUUGAAGAAGAAGAUAAUAGCCCAGAAAGUAGUUCUGUAAGUGAUGUAAGUUCUGAAGAAGAAAGUAACAGUCUUAACAGUCUUGAAACUGGCAUGGUAAAUGCAAAAAUGAAUUCUACUCAUGACAAUGUAACUACAUCAAAAAGUGUUGCCCCAGCAUUUGAGGACCCUCCUUUACCCAAAAUAGGCGGGUUUGUUCUAACUUUUAACCAAACAUAUGAUGAAAUCUUGAAGGAAAGGGAACAGACCUCGAUGAAAACAAUAGAAGCUAAACCAACUCCUCGAACAGUUGUGAAAAUCACAAAUAGUGAUACAACAGAAAAAGUUGUGAUGAAAAAAGCAUCUACAAAUUUGCAAAAUAAAUCUCAGGUUCCUAGAAUUACAAAAUCUGAAACAGUUAUGAAUGGUGUAAGUGCAAAAUCUACACCCGAAGGAAAAUUACCUCCUUUGAUUAGCAGGAUAAAGAAAUGCAACAACGGAUUGUCGCCCCCUUCAACCAAGCCAGUCAAUGGUAUUAUAUCUGUGGAUGAUGUCUGUAAGAUUGAUAAAACUCACAAGAUACCUAAACAACAGAUAAAUGAUGUGAUUGGCAUAACUGCAACUGUCAUCAAGGAUCAAGACAACCAAAGAAACCCACUUGAAGCAGACUGUGAGGACCAAAGACAUCUGAAAGACACCAAACAAGCAGGAUCAAGGGUGCAGCAGCGUUACAACAGCUCAGACCUGUACAAGCCCCGCCUUCAGUUGUCCAGGAGAGGCAGGGGCAAGUCUUCUCCUGGUGAUACAGCAAUCUCCCAAACAAUAAUUACGAGAAAGAGGCCUUCUGUUACAACAGAAGAAUCAUCAAGACCUAAAAGAAAGCGGUGAUCCUGUUAUUAAAUAAAUUUGUAAAUAGUUACAUAAAGUCUUUUUUAUUUAAAAAAUGAAUAUUGUAAAUAAUUUAAAUUAUAUAUUUUAUAUCAUUUGUAUAUUUAAAGUAGUGUAGUUACAGCAGUUAGUAAAAAGUCAUGUCCAUACUAAAUGGCAAGAUGGCAUUAUUUCUUAAACCAUUAUUAAUUAAAACUCAUUUUAAACUUUAUAUUUUAUACCUUUUAAAUGUAUGUUUUGUUUAGUAAAUGUUGAGUGAAAAGCAAGGCAUCAGAGUACCUAUUGUAAGAAAUUUAUUACUCAGAUUGGGUACGCUACUUUAAGUUUACAUUUUUAUUCACAUUUUGAUUUUUAUUUUGGGCUAUUUGUAUUGGAAUUUUUGAAGUUAUGGAAUAAAUUGAUUCUGAACUGAGUUGUUAAAGAGAUAAUAGAUUUGUUCAUUGAUCAGUGCAUAAAUGCACUGAUUGUUGAAUUAUGUAUGAAGAUUUGUAGUUUAACAUAUUCUUGUGUACAGUUUCCAAGACUGUCUGUUGGAAAAAUGACAAUUAUUACAAAGAAAUUAGCAUAUAAAUUAGAUGUUUACAACACACUUGAAGCCCUGUAGCAUACUUUGAUGGUUAUGAACAUUAUUUGAAUUAAUUUGUAAAAUGUACUUAAUUUAUUGUCAUUAUUCAUGUAGGAAAAUACAACACAUUACAAGAACACAAAAUAACAAUGUUUGUGUUAUGAGGUCUGUUUUAUUUUUAUUCUCUUAACAAAAUAUAAAUUAAAUAGAAUACAUAUUUACAUAAUAAAGGCCACGUUCUAAUCUCCAUAGUUGGCUACGACUGGCACAUUGUAGUUGUCAAUGGCAGAACUGGUGUGGAGAUGAGCUGCAUAUACAGACAUGGUCUUAUAUGUUUACUUAUAAGCACAAACUUUAGAAAAAAAAAACAGCCCUUGUAUCUGUUAGUAUAUUAAAGAAAAAUUUUUGUACUUUUUAAUAAUUUGUAUUACAUGAAUUUAUUAUAUUUAUUUAUAAUCUAUCUUACUUUAUACUUUUCUUUUGAGGUAAAUAAUUUAAGUGUUUUAGUAUUUAAGAUUAAUUCAGUAAAUGAUUUCAUUAAAUAUAUUGAACAAAUUUUAGGGCUAACGUGGAAGAGGUGUGAAGGAAUGUUGCCCUUUUGCAAGUACCCAUUCUCAUGUACUUUGGUUUAGUUCUUGUUAACUUCUGAGUGACCAGUUUCAAAGAUUUAAAGUCCUAUUUCAAUUUCAAAAUUACUCAAUGAUUCUAAGUUUUUUUAUUUUAUCUUGUGUAUACCAUUUUGGGAUUAGGUUUGAACUGUGCAAUUGGUAAAGUCCUGUUCAGAACUGACACAUAAAAAUUUGAAUGUGUUAUUGGGAAGUAAUUUAAUAAUAAAAUUAAAUCACUGCCAUCCCUGUAACUGUAUUCUCUAAAUAACUUCCUCACAAAGAUGGAGUACAAAAGAGAAGUGAAACAUACCUUAUAAACAGGUCACAUCUUAUUUGGGUUUACAGUAAGUGAGUAUUGUCCAUUUGGAUAAUUAGGGAACUAAAAAGUACCAAGGAAAUAUUCUAAUUAAAAAAUUUAAUUUACAUGGGUAUGUUAGUAUUCUUAUUUAAAGCGUUUAAACUUUUCAAAACACCAACAUGUUUUAUUCACAUACAAUGGGGACCAGAAUAAUUGAGUAUAUUUUUAGAUUUUAUUGCUUCCCUAUUUAAUUGCACCUGUAUGAGACACUUUCCAUCCAACAAUAAAAGAAAGAUAACCAUUAUUUGGAUACAGUGGUUACAGCUUCCUUCACUGAAUUAAAAAACAAAUGAUGUAAUAUAAUGAAUUUUUAUUGUAAUUUAUAUUAGCAAAACUUGAUAAUGGUGCAUGCUUUAAGUUUUUUCCAAUUGCACUGGCGGUGGCUGUUCAAGAACAGCUGUAUGUUAAUUCAGCCUGUAUUAAACUUUGGUGGUAAUUUAAUUUAGUGUAUCAAAUAGCCUAAUCCAUUUUUGGUUUACUUGAUUAUUCCAGAGAAAAGAUUUGUACAAUUAAAAGACGUGUUAUAUGCAAUUGAAAUGUACGUAUUUUGUAUACCUAGUUUAACUAUUGGAGAAAACUUUUAAUGACAAGUUAUUAUAAGCAAUAAAUUAUUCCUAAAGUA